UAAAAAAAUUUUGAACCAUCAAAAAAAUUUCGGUAAUCGGUUCAUUUUCCAAGUUUCUUUGUAAAAAAAACUGACUAAAAACUGUAGUUCUCGAUGUGUUAGCUUCCGGUGCAAUGAAUUCCAUUUUGAAAGAUGUGCUCUUAAGAAAUAAAUCCAUUUUGAACCAAACAACAGUCAGAUGCUUCCGUACCAAAGGUUUUACUCCAGGAAAUAAACCCGGCGAAGCACGCACCAUACAAGAAAUUUUGAGACGUCAAAGAUUGAAAGAUGAAACUCUAUACUAUAAAAUAGAUAUCGGAUUACCUUAUUCUAAAAAAAUCAGUUCCGAAGAACAAGAAACUCGAAAUCAGUAUAUUAAAUCGCUCAAAAGUAAUAGAGAAUUGGCGAAUUUAGCUCGUAAAAAUGAAAUACAAAUUUCAUUUGAUGAGGUGACUGAUGAAUGGGUCAAAACCGAAGGUCCUUCUCAUCUGAAAAAAAUCGCCGAUCAUUAUGGAAUAUUCGAGCAUUUAUACGGAGAUGCGUUUUUUUACCCGGUUGCUCAGCUAGAGAUUGCUUAUGAAUUGGACAACGGCGAAUAUGCACCGGUGUGUUAUGGAAAUCAGAUCAAACCCAAUGAGGCGAAGAAAGCACCUGUUGUUAAAAUAGAACCAAAAGCAGAUACUUACCAUACUUUAGUUCUUUGCAAUUUGGAUGGUCAUUUGAAUGCCGAUGGUAAAGAAUACGUUCAUUGGUUUGUAGGAAAUAUCCCAAAUGGUGAUAUAAGCAAAGGUGACACGAUUUAUGAAUAUUUACAACCUUUCCCUGUCUAUGGUAGUGGUUACCAUAGGUUAGUGUUUGUAUUGUACGAACAAACUCAAAAACUCGACUAUUCUUCGUUACCAAGCAAAGAUAUCCCGAGUCACAAACACGAUAGCAGAACCUUCUUCACAUACGAUUUCUAUAAAGACAGACAGGAUAUAAUAACACCUACGGGUCUACGAUUUUUCCAAUCUGAUUGGGAUACUUCGGUGACUGAAGUAUUUCAUAAAAUAUUCAACAUAGCCGAACCCAGAUAUGAAUUCGAGUUCCCAAAACCGAAAAUUAAUCCUCAGAAAUGGUUCCCUAAAAAAGAACCUUUUAAUGUAUAUUUGGAUAGGUACAGAGACCCGAAAGAUGUUUCCAAACAAGUUUUAUUGAAAAAAUUAAAAACCCAUCAUCCUUUCAUCGCACCGGAACCUCCGCUAAAAUACCCUCAUGCUCAUAGUAUGCACGACUGUAAGGAUAAACCUACCUGGCUGCAGACUGAAAUCAAGAAAGAACGAUUGGGUUGGGGUAAACAAGUAAACGAUAAUUUAGACAUCCUUUAUCCUGAAAAAAUGUAAAAUAAAACGUAGUUAUAAUUUUCA